AUGGCAAACAACGUAUAUGCAGAAGGCUAUUACAGCGAUGGCAGCAUCGAUAACGAAAUGGACGCUUAUACAGUAUCAUCUAAUCGUAUUGACAGUCUAGAUGAACGGCAACUGCGCAUAGAGACGAUCUGUGCUCAGAUAGCUCGGAAUUCCCAAGCGCGUGAGCAGGCUAACCAGGAAGAAACCAGCAGCAUUAUCUAUGAUGCUAUGCCUGUGGAGCACUUGAUACCGCCCCCAUCCGUACUCAGCAAGAAGGAGAUAGUGAAUCGCGUGAUGAUCGAGGCAUGUGGCCUAGAGGGAGAAAGCUCAGUACGGCAGACGAGGUCCUCACCAAACAUGUAA